CACUGACAGGGAUGGUUACACCUUCUGCCACAUCACUCCUUUAUAUGAGGCAGCCUGGAGCUAGAAGACUUUGGAAGACCUGGUGUCGUAUCUGAACUUCUCCAUGAUAUCAGGUGCUGAUAACCUGUUCACCUCCUUUGAUAUACCUUGUUCUGGAGAUCAGCAGCAAGGUGGUGGAGUGCUAAGUAACAGAAAAAGAACUUCUCCAAGUGCUGCCAUCCAAAGGCUGGAAUAUAAUGAGGUGGAGAAGUUAAGAAGGCAGGAAAGCCCCUAUAGAUCCAAGAAGGACCUGCAGUACGAAUUGAAGCACACAAAGACAGUGAAGAGAGAAACUUUUGCGAAUGCGAAAGAGUUACUCAGUGGCGUCUUCUCCCAGGUAUGGGAUGUGCUGUGUGAAGGGAGCAGUCCAAACCUGCAGACACAUGUUGAGUGCUGGCCACUACAGAGGCCUCCAAGGAGAGAUGCAGCUGUGGAGAGGAACACUGGAAGAGAAAUACUGCACUGGCUGCCAUGGAGUACUCUAAAACCUGUGGCUCAGCAGAUUCCCAGAUACUAUGAUAUUCGUGAUUCUCAACAGAUGGUAUGGGUCCUGAGUGGAAAUGUAUUAAUAACAUUUCCAUCUAGCAGCAAUGUUGAGCCUGUCACUCUUGCAAUAAUAGCGUGUAGACACACAGAACAUUGUGAUGAAGAAAAAGGCAACCUGAUUUACCUGGGAAUCAAGGACAAAAAUCUUAGUUUGUUCUGCACAGAAAUUUAUGGCAAGCCUACUUUACAGCUUAAGGAGAUCAACAUCAUGAACCUGUACUGGGAGAAUACAUCACAAAAGCCUUUUCUGUUUUUCCACAGUGUGGAGGGCUGCACCUCUGCCUUUCAAUCCGUCUCCUACCCUGAUUGGUUCAUAGCCACUUCCUCUGUGCCAGGUCAACCGAUCUUCCUCACCCAAGAGAGGGGUUUAACUCACUGCACCAAUUUCUAUUUAUAUCCUAAGAAUUAAAUCCAGUCUUGGCUGUGGGUGGAUAAUUCCAAGGUAGAGGAUCAAUCUGUAGGGGACAGCAAAUCUUAGCUUAGAUAAAAUAAAUUUAGUAAAAGCCUAAGGCAUGACUUGGGAAGCCUCCCAGAAGAUUGUAAGGGCUCAAAUUCUACCCUGGAAUGUCUCCCUGAGAUAAGGAACAGCCAGGCCUAGAUAAUCCUCCGUAACCCUGCCUGGGUGGUUUCAUCCCUUUUCCUGACCCUAGGUAAACAUUGUAACCCUAAAGGAAUGUAUAGGUUGUAAAAAGGGAAACAAAUGGAACACAAUGGGAGAAGCAUCCAUCAUCCAACAUGUGACUAGCAACUGAUCCAGGGUCCCACAGGAUGAGAGAAAAACCAUAUGGCCACCUGGGUCAGCAAAUGUAACAUUCCAAUUUGUAACCAUGGAAACCCAAAACUUAUUUAGGAUCUGAGUCAGAACUAGCAGGCGCUGACAUUUCCCAACUUGUUAGUUGGGAGUUGCUCGGUGGCCUGUCUAAAUUCAAUAAACUCUGUUUGUUCAAAUGGA